CUGUUUCUUCUUCUUUUUCUCUAAACGUCAAUUGGCAGCACUAGUCGUGUUCACGUUUGCAUCCGGAGUGUUGAUUAUUUUUCGUGAAAAUCCAGAAGAACAUCCAAAAUGCCUAUUUUUGACGAAAUUAAAUCAUCCUGGGCCGAUGAAGUUGAAUUGGAAUCAGGAUCCCUUCCACCCCCAUCGGAAAUAAUUGAGAAUGGUAACAAGAUUGUUACGGAAUAUAAAUUCAAUGACGACGACAAGAAAGUGAAGGUGGUACGUACGUACAAGAUCAGCAAGCAAGUUGUGCCACGCAGUGUCGCCCGGAGGAAGACUCUGAUGAAAUUUGGGGAUUCUGCCAAUGAUAAGCCUGGUCCAAAUCCCCACACAACCAUGGUGGGUGAGGAUACAUACAUGCAAUUCAUUACAAACAAAGAGGAGGAGAAAUCUGCGGACAAUAUGCUGGAUCCACUCAAGAGUAUUGCCAAGUGUCGUAUUUGCAAUGGAGAGCAUUGGUCGGUGAAUUGCCCAUUCAAGGGCACACUGAUGGAUACUGGAAAGUUAAUUGAUUCAAAACAACCGGCUGCUUCCACGCAGGAAGCUACUGGCUCCAAAACCGGGAAAUACGUACCACCCUUCAUGAAGGACAACCAAAAGGGGAUGCCGUCUAUGCGUGGACGAGAUGAUACAACUGCAAUUCGUAUAUCCAAUUUGUCUGAAUCCAUGGUUGAAUCUGAUUUGGAGGAACUCGUCAAGAAGUUUGGACCACACAGUAAGAUGUAUUUGGCACGAGAUAAGAAUACUGGAUUGUGCAAAGGAUUCGCCUACGUGCACUUUAAGCAGCGCCGGGACGCUGCAACUGCUAUUGAACAUCUCAAUGGACAUGGUUACGAUCAUUUGAUUCUCAAUGCUGAAUGGUCCAAGCCCCAGAAUAAUAAUUAAACGUAUAUUAUUAUCCUAAAAUUUUAUUCUACUUCCAUUCAAAAUAAAUCAAUGAUUCAUAAAAUAA